AUGGGCAAAAAUACAGAUACCCCAGCAUAUCUGACUUCAGAUGAUGCCAAAUAUACUCUGGGUAUUCAUCGUGGUCCAUUAAUAUCCAAAGGUGACGAUGAAGGCGCCCAGCUUGCACAUGUCGAAUCGGCCGGAGGUUUGUCAUUGGAGACUAGGAAGUUGAAGCGCACUGAGAAGUUCCAACGCCAUUGGAAGCGAUUCUGGUGUCUGCACCUUCUGGUGACUAUCAUAUUCCUGGCGAUCUUCCUGCCUGUCUUCUUCCUGGUUGCCAUUCCAGCCAUCUCACAAAUGGUUGUCAACAAGUCCGACUUAGUAUUGGUCAAUGCCUCGGUCCUAAACCCGCGACCGGACAAGAUUCAAUUGACGCUGCUGUCGGCAUUGAACCUCAAGAUUGCACUGCCAGUACGCAUCGAGCCGAUCACAUUAAAUCUGUUCGUGCGCGACGCUGGCGCAGACAAUGCAUGGGGCCAGGCUAAUAUCGACGGCAAAGUCAUCAGGGGCAACACCACCCUAGGCGUGACCAAGGUUGAGACGCCAUUGACCAACCUGACCACCUGGAAUGAGUAUGUGAAAAAUGUCGUCUUCCAGAAGGAGACUGCGCUGUCGGUCAGAGGUGUAACCAAUUCAUACUUGGGUGUGCUCAAGUCCAAGGUUACUAUGGACAAGGAUAUCAUGUCGCCGGUACUGGACCAAUUCAAGAAAUUCAGCCUCUCCGACAGUGGACUCAUUCCAGCCCGCGAAGACGGCACCAACCUAAUUGGAAAUGUCUCCCUUCCCAAUCCGUCCGUGUUGACUCUUGAUAUUGGCACACUCGUCCUUGACGUGAAGAGCGGCGACCUCGUUAUUGGAAACGCCACCGUCAAAGACGUCACUAUCAAGCCAGGCGCCAACGUCUUCCCUCUAACCGGAGUCCUCGACAUACCCACAAUAAUCGAGCACCUCGGAGAAGUACUCGUAUCGCAGGCAAAAGCCCUCAAAACCGGUAACUUAGCCCUGGACACGGUAACCCGAACCGUCACCUGGAACGGCACACUGGUGCCAUACUACACCGACGCGAUGAAGCAGCUGACGCUGACGGCCAACGUGCCAAUCGCCGAUCUGAUCAAGAACACUGUUCACAACCUGCUCAGUGGCAAUGAAACCCUCACAGAUAUUCUCAAAUCAGGGGGCGACACGAGCAAGCCGCUAGGCAGUCUCGGCAGCAGCAAUGACAGUGACUCCAGUUCAAUAAUAUCCGAAGCCUCCGAGCUUGCAUCCAAGAUGAAGACGAACAUCGGAGUGCGCGAUAUGUUCCGUGACACGAACCCAGUCAAACGGGAUUUAAUCAUCAAUUCGGUGGCUGGGAUGUACAAGAAGCUGUGA